UCCUUUGUCUGGGAGCCGCCAUCUUGGGCUCGGUGUUCCUGCCCAGGAGCCUCCUGCGCAGCUUUGUUGGCGUAGUGACGCUGUGGGUGCUGGACGAUGGUGGGAGGACACCAGCGUCUCCCAGAAGUGGACUUGAUCCCUGCUAUCUGAAUGGAGGACCACAGUAGGCCACUGGAGGAGGAGAAUCAAGAUGUUCCAGUUGACAGUCAGGUGACCCUCUGAAGCUCAUCUGCCUCUUCAACCAUCAGGUCUAGGUGGCUGUGCUGUAGACUCUGUUGCCCUGUGACGUGCUGGUGCGGGGAGUUCCAUAGGGAGGACGCUCGAUGUCCUGGAAGCCAGAAAUGGGGUUGGUGUCAUUUGAGGAUAUAGCUGUGGAAUUCACCUGGCAGGAAUGGCAGGACCUGAAUGAAGGUCAGAGAACUCUCUACAGGGAUGUGAUGCUGGAGAACUACAGCAACUUGCUGUUCUUGGGGCACUGCAAGACCAAACCUGAGCUGAUCUUCAAUUUGGAGCAAAGACUUGGGUCAUGGAUUGUAGAAGCCUCACACCAGUGUGUCCCAGAUUUCCAGAAUAUGAGUACCCUGAAUAAGACCAGUCCAGAUACCAAAGCAAGACAUGUGUGGCAAGUUGCCCCCAACAGUGAUACACCAAAGGAGUUGGCUGGAAUAGGGAAUACUUGCAGUGUGAGCACAAACCGUAUUUCAAAUCAGACUGUAAAGAAUGAGAACUCACUAGGAAUGAGUCCUAGAAAGUUUAUUCUGUGGAAGGACGUGUAUCUCCAUACUGAUGCUGAUGAGAUAGAAGUUGGAGAAGAACCUGAUGAUCUUAAUGGAACUGCAAAAUCUGUCAAACACCCUGAGCAUGUUAGUCUAUACAAGUUUCAAAAUUCACAGAGUUACUUUCAAAGUCUGAUACCAGGGAAAUCCUUCAGCACAAAAGCAGUAUUACUUACUCAUAAGUUCAGUGAAUAUGCAAAAUCCUUAGGUGAUCCAGCAUUUAUUGACAAAGAGAUGGCUCAGAUAAGGGUGAAAUCUUUUGAAUGUAAUGUAUCAGAGAGAAACUGUAGCAAGUCUGACCUUAAUGAAAAUGAGCCCAUGCACAUGGGAGAGAAGCAUUACAAAUGCAGUGACUUUGAGAGCCCUUUUAUUAUUGAAUCAUACCUUCCAAAACAUAAGGGGCAGCAUGAAAAAUUCUUUAUCCAGAAGGAAUAUGAGUUUUCUCAGCAGUCAGACGUGAGUCUUCAUCAGAAAAUCCGCAGAGGGAAAAAAACCUAUGAAUGUAAAAUAUGUGGCAAGUGCUUUUAUUGGAAAACCAGCUUCAAUAGACAUCAGAGCACUCACACUGGUGAGAAGCCCUAUGAAUGUACAGAAUGUAGUAAAGCUUUCUGCCAGAAGUCACACCUCACUCAGCAUCAGAGAGUUCAUACAGGUGAGAGACCAUAUAUAUGUUUUGAAUGCAGGAAAGCUUUCUAUCGUAAAUCAGAGCUUACUGACCAUCAGAGAAUUCAUACAGGUGAGAAGCCAUAUGAAUGUAAGGAAUGUGGGAAAGCUUUUUGCCAAAAGCCCCAACUUACUCUACAUCAGAGAAUUCAUACAGGUGAGAAGCCCUAUGAGUGUGCAGAAUGUGGGAAAGCCUUCUCCACCAAGUCCUAUUUAACUGUCCAUCAGAGAACUCACACGGGUGAGAAACCUUACGAAUGUACAGUAUGUAGGAAGUCAUUUAUCUGUAAGUCAAGUUUCAGUCAUCAUUGGAGAACUCAUACAGGUGAGAAACCUUACGAAUGUAAGCAGUGUAUGAAGACCUUCUACCGUAAGUCAGGCCUGACUCGACACCAGAGAACUCACACAGGUGACAAACGCUAUGAAUGUCAAUUAUGUCAGAAAGCUUUUUACUGCACUUCACACCUCAUUGUACAUCAGCGAACUCAUACAGGUGAGAAACCGUAUGAAUGUAAGGAGUGUAGGAAAGCUUUCUAUGAUAAGUCAAACCUGAAGCGGCAUCAGAAGAUUCACACUAUGAAGAAAGCCUCUGAGACUCGCAAACAGUCCAACAACUUUUUUCUGAGUGAUGCUGCUCCACAUCAGACAAUGUAUUAUGAAUAUGAAGAGUGCAAGAAAGCUUUCCACCAGAAAACAAACUUUACUUAAACAUUCUUCUUACAGGUAAGGGGACCCUGUGAUUGGAAAACACUUAUCCAAAAGUCAGAUCUUACUGUACAUUGGACCACUUAUACAAGGGAUUAAACCAAAUGAAUAAACAGUGAAGGAAAACCUUGAUCUUUGUUUGUUUAUCAAAGAACUCACAAUUGACUGUGGCAGAUAAUUUAGCCGGGUACAUUAACCCAAGAUAAGACAGAUGUUUAUGGUAGAGGAUCACUUGCACUCAGGCAAUAGAGGAAGACACCGUGGUUUAAGAACAAAUAGGGCAAAGUUUUCUACUUGAGGUUCUCCUGACUACCAGAACCCAGUGGCGUGAAACCAGCGAAAGUGAGGAGUGCCCCAAACUCUGAAGAGAACUUGGAACUCAUUGUUGGGUGUUUGGGGACAUGCCUAUAAUCUUAAUACUCGGCAGGGGGAAGAAAGAGGUGAGGAGUUGUAGUCUAACCUUUGCUACAGAGCAAUUCAAACCUAGCCUGGGGUACAUGAGGACUUUUUUUUUUAAGAUGAUUAAAAGUAAGAAUCUGACAAUCUGAACUUCACAAACCAUAUAAAGGGGACAAAGGACAAUACAAAUCGGGUUAAAUGUUGCUAUACCUCACUUCCAUUUGAAUCAAAGAUGCUAUAAGAGUCCUAUUUGUGUGAAUUAUGUGGAAACGUGUGGAACUUCGUGGAAAUUACGUGACCCUGAGCAUCACUCAUAAGAGUCCACUUGAAUUUAGGCAGUUAGGGUUGUGGAUGUAGCUCAGUGACAGAGUGUUUGGCUGCUAUUAUUGUAACCUGUCUUUGAUAUAAAUUACACAUAUUAUGGCCUUAAAGGCUUUAUCUGUGCAUGCACUCCACAGCACAUAAUCAAGGUCAGAGGACAAAUCGCAAGGUCAGUUCUCUUCUACCUGGUGGGUUCUUAGUGUCAAACACAGGCUAUCAGGCUUGGCAGAAACCAUCUUUACUCUCUGAGCCAUCUCUCCUGCCUUUGUAUUUUAUUCUUAACAACUGUUGUAAGUUACAAGUAAUUCUGGAGAUAUUUUCAGCUAGUCCAGAAUGCUUUCCUGGGAAGGACAGGAAGAACAUUUCUUUUUAUCACCCUUUUUUUUUUUUUUUUUAGUCUCCCUAACUUCAGUUUGCAGAUCAGGUCUUGGCACAAAUGCCUUGGCUAAUAGCAAAGUCCUCCUUAUCUUGCCUUAGCUUUGUGAAUGCUUAGAUUAAAUGUAUGUGCUACUAUGCCCACCCAUACAAUUUUAAGGCAUAAAAAAAAUUAAUGAAAAUUUCUGGAGUUACUGGAUGCUAUGUUCAUGUUCUAAAUACCCCAUCAGUGUGUCACAAAAAAAAAAAAAUGAGCAAAUGAAAGAUUUGAUUUUACAGCUCAGUGAAGGGAUGGCAAAUCUCUUGACAUCAAGAGAAAUGAUGGUAAUGUGAAAUUUCAAAAUUUAUUGCAUCAGGUCCCUGCAUCUUGGCCAUCACAGACAAGCAGAAGUUGGGGAAGCUGAAAAAGAAUGAACGGUGAAAUACAACAUACUCUCAUUUGGACUGUAUUAAAAUCCUAAAAUGUAAAAGUAUUCUGAUCAUAUUAUUUGAGUGUUAAUUGGAAAUAAUAAAUGAUUUAAAAAAUAUUA